AUGAGAAUUAAAAUCCUUUGUUGGAAUGUUCGGGGGCUUAAUGAUAUUGAGAAAAGAAAGUUGAUCAAGGGUGUGGUGAGGAACAAGAAACCAGAUUUAGUUUGCCUAAUGGAGACGAAGGUGAAAGAAAUGUCAGUGCAAAUGGUGAACUAUGUGGGUGUAGGAAGAUUUCUUAAUUGGGCAUCAGUGGAUGCUAGGGGUGCAGUAGGAGGCCUUCUUCUAUUUUGGGAUAAUAGAGUCUUGGAGAAGUUGGAGGUGGAAAGUGGAGGGUACUCCAUCUCUAUUCAUUUCAGAAACUGUGCUAAUGGUUUUACUUGGAUUUUCUCUAGAGUGUAUGGGCCAAUGAUUGGUAGUGAGAAGGAAGAUUUUUGGGAGGAGCUAGGAGUCAUUUAUGGUCUUUGGGAGGACCCUUGGUGCAUAGGAGGGGACUUUAACGCUGUAGGAUUCCCAGAGGAAAGAAGGAAUGCCCCAAGACUCACGGCUGAAAUGAGGAGAUUUUCAGAGGUGAUAAGGGAUUUGGGGCUGAGGGAUUUUCCUCUGACUGGAGGCCCUUUCACUUGGAUAGGGGGUUUGAAUUCUCAGGUUGCCUCUAGAUUGGAUCGCUUCUUGAUUUCGGACCACUGGGAGGACCACUUUUCUGCCAUUACUCAGUCCGCUCUCCAUCGUCUGGUUUCUGAUCACAGCCCCAUAGUCCUAGAAGCUGGAGGCUUCUCAUCAGGAAAAAGCCCUUUCCAUUUUAAAAAUAUGUGGCUGAAGAUUGAAGGUUUCAGAGACCUAGUAAGGAGUUGGUGGAAUGGUUACUUUGUUGAAGGUUAUAGUAGUCACUGCAUUGCUAAGAAACUAAAAGCGCUCAAGAAGGAUUCGAAGAAAUAG